CACGCCCGCGCCCCUGCCCCUGCACCCGCCCUCCGUCCGCUGUCCUCCCAAGCCCGCCGGCUCCGGGGCCGCCCGCGCCUCGCUGUCCGUGAGCGCGGCGAGGCCGCGGCGCGGCGGUGGGGCCCGGCCCGUGUGUCCCCGCGCCGAGACCCACUGUGCACGCCCCGCCCCCGGAAGGAAAACCGGACUGGGGAUCCCCAGUCGGGAAGCGGCUGAGGAGUGGGUUGGGGGACCCCAGGAAUGUGGGGCGGGCGGGGACAGCCAGCGCUUGACGUACGAACUUCCUCCCCCGCGGAGAUCUGCGCUGGCCCAGCUGCAGGGUCUGCAGGGCCCCCAAACCCUGCGGGAGAGUCGAGCGGGGGUCGGGCGUUGCUCCUUUCCGUCUUGAGCCCCGAUCCCUGGUCCUCAGGGGCACGUUGGGUCGCGUGAACACCGGCCGGUAGUUUCUGAGCCGCAUACGCUGUCUCGGGCGUUGUUCUAAUCUCACAUAAGCCCAUUUCAGAGUCACAACCCCUGCUCUGUCUAGAGAAGCUGAGGGACAAAAGAGCUACAUAAAUUGUUAUUAAUUAGACGAGUCAGGGUGUGAGCUGAAGUAUCCUGACCCUGGAGCCUGCAUCCCUGACCCCCGGGCUCCACAGCCUCCAAGAGCAGGCAAGCCUGACAUACUUCAGAGGUGUUUAAACCGGGCUGGGCUGCCCAGCGGGUUCAGUGGCGGCUCCCCACCCCCGACCCUGGCUCCGAGAUCAUGCUGACCCCACUGUGCACAGCUGGUCUCCAUGGUCAGGGAUAAAAGCUUAAUGGCCUCUUGCUUCAGGAGGACCUCAGGGGCAGCCCCACUGUCAACCCACUUGAUCCACCUUCCCAGGGGAUAGGGGAGAAAGGUGGGGUUGUGAGAACAUUCUGGAGACAGAAUGGGUGGGCUUGUAGCUUCAGCAGGGGAUGUGGAAGUGCAGCUCUUAGGUGGGAGAAGCGAAGGAACUUGCCCACGGUCACUCGGCAGCAAGUGGGGGAGCUGGGACUUGAACAUGGAAGGCAUGUCUGUUCUUCCUUAGCCACCACCGUGUACUGCUUGUCACCCAAAGGGAAAAGAAGUGAGGGCGACUGAGUCACAGGCUUCCUGGGGGAGGAAGGGGUAGGAGGGACAUCAGCUGUGUCUGCAGGAUGAGCCAGACUGGCAGGCUGAGGAGGGAGUGGCCUCAGGGGUCCCUGACAACGCACAGCUCUGCGUGUCCCAGCUUCUGCCCAAAAUUUGGAAGCUGGAGGGGCUUGCCGGACCAGCUGGUUCAAACCAGUUAUCUUAUGCACGAGGGAACGGAGGUGCAGAGGUGCAUGCCGCCUGCUGUUGCUCAGAUUCCCAGAGCGUGUCGACGGCAGAGGUGUGUCCAGAGCCCGGUUUGCCUCCCAGUUAACCGGGGGCAGGGAAUGUCAGCCCAAGGACCAGAGCCUGGGCCGGGUCUUGUGUCCAGGCUUUGCAGCUCUCACUUGUGUUGGUGUGGCUAGAUUCGCACUGGGUUUGCUCACUGUGCCUCAAGCUCCCGUCUUGUGCUGCCGCUGUUCCUGGGGGUCCCGUCUCCCCACCUGGGCUGGCAGCCACAGCUUUCCCGCUCCCGGAGACAGGAGUCUGAGGCCUUGGUGCAGUGUUGGGUGAGCUGCUUCGAGGGGAGCCAGGAGGGCACCAGUGUGGCGUGACACCAGAGUCGUGGUGUGGCAUUGGGACCUUUUGAUUGAGAAGGACCAGCCCUUUCCCAGGAGGCUCUGAGAUUCUACCAGAGCGCUGGCUUUUGUCUGGGGGUCAUAAAUUAGCCACUGUCACGAUUCAGAAGCAAGACCAGGCUGAGCCCUUCUCCUCUGUGGGGGAAAUAGUGACAGUGAGGAAUGGCUUUGGCCACAGCGUGGGUUUAGAAUGACCCUGGGGAGGGCAUGUGAGGAGAGUUGUUUCUGGAAAUGGACUUGGCCGGCUGGGUGUUUGGGGGCUCAGCACAGCGAUGGAGGGACCUGGACGGAGGAUCGGCCGGGGAGCAGGGGGAAGAGCCCGCUUCUCUGAAGGGCUGCGAUACCCAGAGCCCCCGGCAGGGCCAACCCUGGCUUCCCACCCGCCGAGUCCUCUUGACUGGACUGUGUGUUAUGACCUGGCGUGGGGCAGGAGCUGCUGUUGGCCCCAUUCUACAGAUGAGGAAACAGAGGCCCAGGGAGAUUGGGCUUCCUGCCCUAUGACACCAAGUUGCUAAACGGCAGAGCCCUGCCUCACUCUGGCCCUUCAGCUCCUAACCAAGCCUCGUGCUCUGGGUCCUCACUGAGCAACUUGGCUGUCACUCUGCACCCAUAGGAGGCCAGGUGGAAGCCCCAAUUACACUUCCCCAGGCUGGCGCGCCCUGUACCCAGGCAGUCUUGGUGGCUUCCUGUGCCUCCCCCACCCAAACUCCCACCCCCAGGCUCUGCCGCUUGCCAUCAUAUCCAUCUCCUGCCAUCACAUCCCUACUCAAGACCUCUGGAGGCCCCCGUAGGUGGUUAUCGGAUUGUCCACUUUCUGGUGUUUGGGAACAGAGAGGAUGCAGCCUCCCAGGUAAAAGAGUUAAGCCCCGGCCUGGCGUCCAGGGUCCCUGGUUCCCGCUCACCUCUUGCCAGGCUCUCCUGGUGCUGCGCACUCUGGCUGGGGGGACCCUGCUCUCCGCACGCAUGCCGGGUGGUGCCCCCCUUGCCCGCAGUCCAUCUGUUUGAGGGCCACCUGCUCAUUUGCCUUGCUGGCCGGCAAACCCGUUCUUGAGGGUGACGGCAAAUGCACCACUUGUUGGCUCUCUCCUAUUGCACCUGUCACCAGCUGCCCUGUGAGGUCGUUGUUCUCGUCCUUGUGUCCGGGUCAGGAGUGGAGAGCCUCGCUCAUCUCUGCCUCCCUGCGAUCCAGCGUGUGCCCAGCCAGCGCUGUGCUGAGGGACCGGUGUGGUCCACCGAGGGCGGAUCCGGGCUUUCUGUCUUGGUGUUGGCUGGACUGCUGUGGGCCUAAGUGUGAUUCACCUUGAGGCUGGCGCGGGCGGCUGGAGGCCCGCUGGGUCCUGGUGGCACUGAGCUGCACAUUGGUGCCGCUGUCCCGCUGCCCAGGAGCCUGCUCCUUGGAUUCUCUCUGGUGGAUCGGACAACACUCAGGGCACAGAGGAGCAAGUGAGGAGCCGUGUGGGGUCCGACAAGGACCCCUCGCCUAUGAACCUGUCCUGGGAUCCCCUCGGGGCCCUGCUGGAGGCUGACCUCUCGGCCCCCAAGGGAACCAGCCUGACUCUCAGAGACCAUCUUCCAGACCCCGCCAGGCCAGCACGUGGUGCCCAGGGUCACAGGCUGUGUGCCAUACCCUCUCGGGGAACUUCUCAGGGCCUGGCGGAGACUGGUGGAAGCAUGGGCCUCCCCCAGAUUCUGAGCACCCCCCCGCCCCCCAACAGGGACUGAUCCCCAUCAGUGUCUCUUCCAUGUGGCACAGUGCUGGGCUCACAGCAGGUGCCCACCCCCUGGCAGGGUCCUGGACCGAGGGCCUGGAGCUGCAGCCCUCAGAGAGGUGGGCCAGUGGUGGGCUAGAACUGACACCCCCCGCUCCCACCAGACCUGUAGGGCACGGCGGGAUGCCAGGGCACGAGCUCUGUUGUAACUAACUGUCCGUGUGUGGGGCUGAGGGGGUGAUACCAUUGUUGGGGUCCUGUGUUCAUCUUUUCUUCCCCAUUGUGGGUUUGGGGCUUGUGGAGGGACGGUUCCAGAGCAUGCAGCUGCCCCUGGCUCCCCCCAGGGGCCCAUCCUGCCCUUGGCUGCCUCAGGCCUCCUCCAACCCCCGCAGAGCCUGAGAGAGCUCAGCACACAGGUAGCAGGAGCUGGGUGAGUACCUUCCAGACCCUCCCGGCCGCUCACCCUCUGGGGCCCAACCUUCCACCUGAGGUGGCCUGGCCUGGACCCACCUAACUUGCUGCUGCCUGUGUCACAGGGACAUUCUGUCUUGUCCCCUCAGAUCUCGUCCACCACGAAAAGUGGUUUGACCCAGAGCCUCACUGGGGAUGGAGGUUGUUGCCUUGCGGGAGAAGUGGGUGAGGGGUAGGAGGGGAGCGGGCUGGAGGGGCUUUUCCCUGAGCAGCAGAGAACCCCAACUAAGUGGGCGCAGAAUAGGCUGACCCAAGGGCUCCUGCGUCAGGCCUGGUAGAGGUGGGUGCAGGCCCAGAGGCCAGGCCCGCGCCGUGGCUGUGGGGACAGUACGUACGAGCUGUGAGGUCAGCCGUCAAGCGCAGCCCGCGAAUGUGAGUCACUUCAUCCACGUGUCUGACGCGUGGCGCUUCCGGCAGGCGGCAGCGGCGCUGGUGCUUGGGGAGCUGACAUUCAUACCCAGCUCCCCGUAGCUUUGCUGGUCCGUCUGCCGCUCACAGGCCGGCACGCGCUUUCAGGGCUCACCCCUUGGGAGCUGUGGGAGGUGACUUCCUGGCGCGGGGACCCCAUCUGGCCAAGGUGGCAGGCAGCUGCCCUGUCCACGAGAGAGGACCCUCACCCCGCCAACCCUGGGCAGGGAUUACCAAGCCAGAGCCGCUGGCCCAGGGACCAGGACGUAUCCCCAGCCUCCCCUUCCUGCCACCUCCUUCCAGGCCAGGCUCACUUCCCUAGCAACAGAGCUGGAGGUUCAGGGUAGAAAUGAUGACUUCCUGGGUGGGAGGGGCUUCGUGCCUGGCCCCCUGGCCCAAAGCUUCAGUUCCUGCUCGCCUGCCACCGGUCGUCUUUAUUCCCUUCCCAUCUCUCUUUAUUCGUGGGCUGCCAGCUCUCCUGCUGGCUUCUUUCCAGAGGCGGGGUGUGGUGCGGUGAGCUUCUGGGGUGAAGGGGGCAGAGGGACCCAUCACGAGGACAGCAGGACCUGGGGGCAGAGGGGAGAGGUUUUCCGGCCUGCCUCAUCACCCCUUUGGACGCACCACUGUGCACUCUAACAGAGAAGCCUGUAAAGCAGAUACAGAUUAACAAAGAGAAAGCCAAGUGCCGGCUUCUCAGCAGAGCAGGUUCCCAUACCGCUAGCCGCCUCCUUCCACUGCUCUUUGCCUGAAGCCCAGUGAAGCUGUCAAAAUGCCUCCGCUGAUCACCUGCCCAGCUCAGCGCUUUCCUGAAUUCCCUCAUUUGGGGAAUGGACGUGGCAACUACCAAGCAAACGCCUCCAGUUCCAAGGAUCUAAAACAAUGUGGGCGACAGGUGGCAGCCGCUCUCCUGGGGUGGAGACUUCUGUGAAGCCCAGGAGGUGCCUUCCAUCCGAGCCCCUUGGCAGCCUUUUGUGGGCAGAGAUUAUCAUUAUCCCCCUUGGCCAGAUAAAGAAAGGACUUUCCCCAAAGGCCACACCAUGACCACGGGCCGCGCUGCCCAGUGCUGCUGUUUCUGGGCCUUGCCCUCUGGUUCAGUGAUGCUGAAGACGUGCGGUCCCUUGUCGGCCAUUCUGAGGGCCUUGGCCUGAACUGGAGCUGCAGGUGCCCUCUGUGGACCCUGGGACCCUUCCCUGCAAGGUCUGGUUUCAUGUCCUUGUCUCUGUCCGGGCUUUCUCCUCCCCUCCCCUGCCCUCCCCAUGUAAGCUGUCAUUUAUUGGGUAUUUAGCUGGGCACUGUAAGCGCUUCCCACACUUGACAUGUCUUGUCCCCAGUCGACAGGUGAGAAGACUGAGGCUUGGAGAACUCUAGUAACCUGCCCAUGGUCAGUGGAAGGGCAAGGCCAGGAAGCAUCAGCAGUGUCAGAAGCAGCAGCUCUGCUUCCCGGGGAGCCAGCCUUUCUUCCAGGCCCCUGACAGUCCCGGGGACAGGGUAGUGACAGCCAGCGCCCUGCGUCGCGAAGCACCUUUACGUGUCUUGUGUCAUUGGGUCCUUGUAACACGCACAUGCCCUGGUUCUGUGAUCGCUCCCACUUUGCAGAUGCGGGCCGAGGCUGGGAGAGGAGAAGGUGGCAGAGCCGGGGGCUCUGGCUCGCAGAAGGUUGGGGCCGUGCUGUCCUGUGGACAGUAGGGGUGUCCGUGUGUGGUAUGGCUGCCCAUCCCAGCGAAGGCCCAGGCGGCACCCCCAGAGCUGGAGGUGGACUCUGGGGGAUGAAGCCGACACACACCGUCGUCAACUGCUGGUUCUGCAACCAGGACACGGUGGUGCCCUAUGGGAACCGCAACUGCUGGGACUGCCCCCACUGCGAACAGUACAACGGCUUCCAGGAGAACGGCGACUACAACAAGCCGAUCCCCGCCCAGUACCUGGAGCACCUGAACCACGUGGUGAGCGGGGCGCCCGGCCCCCGAGCCCCCAUGCAGCCCCCGCAGUGGGUGAGCAGCCAGGUGCUGCUGUGCCGGCGGUGCAGUCACCACCAGACCACCAAGAUCAAGCAACUGGCCGCCUUCUCGCCGCGCGACGAGGGCAGAUAUGACGAGGAGAUCGAGGUGUACCGGCACCACCUGGAGCAGAUGUACAAGCUGUGCCGGCCGUGCCAGGCGGCCGUCGAGCACUACAUCAAGCACCAGAACCGCCAGCUGCGCGCCCUGCUGCUCAGCCACCAGUUCAAGUGCCGGGAGGCCGACCAGACGCACACGCAGAGCUUCUGCUCGUCCGUGGUGAAGGCCCCGCUCCAGGUCAUCGUGCUCCGAGCCCUCGCCUUCCUGGCCUGCGCCUUCCUGCUGACCACCGCGCUGUACGGCACCAGCAACCCUUUUGCCCCAGGGGCGCCCCUGCCCCCGGCCCUGCCACCUGGUAGCAAUGGCUCGGCCCCGCCUGACAACAGCACAGCCCCUGGGGCCGAGGGCUGGCGGCAGCUGCUGGGCCUGCUGCCCAAGCAUGCGGCGGAGAAGCUGCAUGAGGCCUGGGCCUUUGGGCAGAGCCACCAGAUGGGCGUCGUGGGGCUGGGCCUGCUCACCUGCCUGCUGGCCAUGCUGCUGGCCGGCCGCCUCAGGCUCCGGAGGAUCGACGCCUUCUCCACUGGCCUGUGGGCCCUGCUGCUGGCGCUGCACCUGGCCGAGCAGUACCUGCAGGCUGCCUCGCCCAGCUGGCUGGACACGCUCAAGUUCAGCACCACGUCCCUGUGCUGCCUGGUGGGCUUCACAGCAGCCGUGGCCACGAGGAAGGCGACGGGCCCACGGAGAUUCCGGCCCCGAAGGUACUUCCCGGGAGACUCUGCCGGCCUCUUCCCCGCCAGCCCCAGCCUGGCCGUCCCCUGCCGAAGCGUCGCAGGCCCCUCGCCGGCUCUGUUCAUCCCCGCCCCGCCCGGCUUCCUGCCACUUGCCAACCAGCAGCUGUUCCGGUCUCCCCGCCGGGCCUCGCCCUCCUCGCUGCCCGGCCGCCUCAGCCGGGCCCUCUCACUGGGAACCAUCCCCUCUCUGACGCGAGCAGACUCAGGGUAUCUGUUCAGUGGGAGCCGCCCACCGUCUCAGGUGUCCCGAUCCAGAGAGGUUCCGGUUUCAGAUUACUUCUCUCUGCUGUCGGGGAGCUGCCCCUCCUCCCCCGUCCCUUCCCCAGCGCCCUCCGUGGCUGGCUCCGUGGCCUCCAGCUCUGGCUCCCUGCGCCACCGCAGGCCCCUUAUCAGCCCUGCCCGGCUCAACCUGAAGGGGCAGAAGCUGCUGCUGUUCCCGUCGCCCCCCGGGGAGGCCCCUAACACCCCCAGCAGCUCCGACGAACACUCGCCCCGCAACGGCAGCCUCUUCACCAUCGAGCCGCCCGCCAUCCCACAGAGGCAGCCGGCGCGGGACACGAAGCACACCGUGGACAUGAAGUCAGCGCCGGAGGGGGGCAGCACGUGCAGCAGCCGCUCUAUCAAGAAAGAGGACGACUCGUCCCGGUCGUCCUCCUGUGUGGUGGACACCACCACCAGAGGGUGCGCGGAGGAGGCCCCCACCUGGCGAGGUCGUUUAGCCCCCUCGCUGAUCCGGGGCCUCCUGGCCGUGAGCUUGACUGUCAAUGCCCUCUUCACCUCGGCCUACCUGUACCAGAGCCUGCGCUGACCCGCGGUCCGCAGCCUCCCGGCACCCAGAGAAUCUCGGAGGGUGCGCCCAGGUGCAUGCCGCUUCCACCACUGCCGGCCUCAGCCCUCCUCGAGGGGCUGCCGCCUCCGCCCUUUUCUCCAGGGCCCUGGACCUCGCCAGAGGGAGCCCUGUUCCCGGAAGCCUUCUCCCCACCUAACAGACUGCGGGGCUGGGCAUGGUCUUGGGGGUCCCAGCCCUCCCCGCCCACCUCUUUGGCUGACAUCAGUUGUGUGUUUGGUGCUGACACUCUGAUCCUGAAGCCAGGGGUCCCCGAGGGGCUGCAUGACCCUGGGGUCCCUCCCCACCAUCCAGCCCUGCCUGGCGGGAACGCCACGACUGCUGUGACGGGAUCAGGAGCUGUGGCCCUGAGCCCGCAGCCGCGGGCUGUGAUUACAUCUUCGUACUGUACCCCUCUGUCCCGUGGGCCGCCUCAGGCUCCCUGGGGGAGGAGGGAGGGGAGGUCUCCAGCCGGGUGGAGGAUAAACCUCCCCUGGCAGGCCCCGUUGAGGGCCGGCAUCUUUUGCCGUUGUCCUGCCCCUUCCUGUGGGCUGUGGGCUACGCCUUCCCUCUGGCUCUCCUGGGCGGGCAGGUGAGUUUCCUGCCCAGGGCCCCUCAGAGUUCCUGGGUCUCAGGGGCCCAAUUGGACUCAUGUAAGCACCACCCCCCAGACUCACUUCUCCCUGCUUGUGUCCCCAUUUUAUUACCUCUGGUGACCUUCCCUGGCAGCAGCCCUGCAGCCGUGAGAGCACUACCCAGGGCCCGCCCCGCCCCGCCCCGUUUCCAGGCCCCUCCCUCAUGCACUGUCCACAGGGGCCUUGUUUGACCCCCUCAGCCUGCAGGUCUCUGAUGAGACUGGACCCUCACGCCCACCCUCAGCAUUCUGCUGUCGCGGUGGGCUCAGCGCGACCUCUGUCUCCAGGCCACUGUGGCCAGCCUGCUUCCUACCCCACGCCCCUUGGUCCUGCCACUGCCCUUCCGACCGAUACGGCAGGUCUGCCCCCUACACCUGCCCUUGUGCUGGGGUCCCAUCCUGCCCCCGAGAAGAGGAAGGGUGGGUCUCAGUCUGGCACAGGGACCCUCAAGAUGCCGUGAGGAAUGAGAGACUGCCUGUGGGUGUCAGAAUCCCCGUCCCGCUGCCCUGGGCCCUGGAUGCAGGUGUGGGGCUGUGUGUGUGUGUGUGUGUGUGCGUGUGUGCGUGCACACUCGUGCGUGUGUCAGUGCACGCGUUCGUGCCACUUCAGGAGGAAGCAGCAGCCUCUGUGAAUUCUGAGACUCAUGUGGGGAGGCUCAUGACGGCAGGGGAAGGGUCUUCACUCUGUCAUUCAGGGAUAAAGUUUAAUUUUAUUUUUCUACACAUUUUUGCCAGGCAAGGCGUUCUGCUGGGAAGCAGGAUGCCCCCAGUCCUCCCUGCCGGGGAGGUUUAGUUUUAUUAAGCUUUGGGUGCUUUUUUAGUAAUUUUUUUUUACCAUGUGGGGAAGGAGGUUGCUCUGACAUCCCCCCACUCCUGAGAGCUACUGUUUCCUGCCCUACCCCUCACCCCAGAACGAGGGGGAUUGGGGGCCAGGGGCCACGCCACGUCCCAGACUCCAGCUGCCAGAGAUGGUUCCAACUCGGAGGUGGUGCCUCUUGGCCUCCAUUCGUACCAUGGGCGUGGCCGUCGAGUUUUUUAAUUUUACUGUUUGCCUAACCAAGCCAAAUUCCAUUCCCGAAUACCCUUCCUCUCUGGCUCUGAGGAAGCCCUGACUGAGUGCCCAGCCCCCUCCUCUCGCGCCUGGGCCCGCCUGGCCCCUCCUGCCCAGGGCCGGUGGUCCUAGCGCCCCCCCAGGGGCAGGGGAGAGGCUGGGCGGGGAGGGGGCUGACUUAUGUUUUCUUUCAAACAAAAAACACAACCUUAUUUUUCUUUACAAAAGCAAAAAAAAAGGAAACCAAAAAAGAUACCAACCUUUGAACUAUA